UUGGACGAGGCUAUUCGCAAGGCUACCCAUUUCUACUCCAUGUUGCAAACGAGCGACGGACAUUUUUCGGGUGAUUACGGUGGCCCGCACUUUCUCAUGCCCGGGUUAAUUGUUGUGUGGUACGUCAUGGGACAGCCUUCUCUCAUGCUUAAUCCGGCACAAACUGCUUUGAUGAAGCACUACUUGAUUGUCCAUCAACAAGCCGAUGGCGGUUGGGGUACACACGUCGAAUCACCCUCGACUAUGUUUGGCACGACCUUAUCUUACGUAGCUUUGCGGCUCCUGGGUAUGGACGCCGAAGAACCGGUAUGCCAAAGGGGUCGCGCCUUUAUUCGUGAGCAGGGUGGAGCAGUCAUGACUUCUUCGUGGGCCAAGCUGUACCUGUGCAUCUUGGGAUGCAUGGAAUGGGAUGGUCAUAAUUCGGUCCCACCCGAGUUGUGGCUGCUCCCCAACUGGUUUCCUUUUCAUCCCAGCCGCAUGUGGUGUCACGCACGCAUGGUUUAUUUGCCGAUGGGCUACGUCUACGGGGCGCGGCUCAAGUACGACAAGGCCGAGGAGGAUCCCUUGGUGCAGGCUCUCCGCCGAGAGCUAUACUGCGAACCUUACAAUUCGAUUGAAUGGAUGCAAACGCGGCACAUGGUGGCGCCAAUGGACAACUACUCCCCGGUGGCAUGGAUGAUGAAGACGGUCCAGAACGGGUUGGCUCGGUACGAGACGUGGCCCAUGCUCCAGCCGUUCAAAAACGACGUCCGCAAACUCGGGCUGGCCUUCUGUGUCGAUUACAUGGCAGCGGAAGAUCUGCAAACCAACUUUAUCGAUAUAGGGCCCGUCAAUAAAGUGCUCAAUAUGCUCUCGGCCUUUCAUCACGCAGGAAAUGAUUUGCAUCAUUCAACAGUGAUGAACCACAUGAUUCGAGUUCAGGACUAUUUAUGGGUUGCCGAAGAUGGCAUGAAAAUGAAGGGCUAUAACGGCAGCCAAUGCUGGGACACAUCUUUUGCAAUCCAGGCUGUAUUUGAGGCUGGUUUACUGGAUGACUUUCCGGAGCUUUCCAAUAAAGUUUGGACGUACCUGGAGCGAUGUCAGAUUCUAUCCACGGAGGUUUCACAGGCUUCUCCAGCUUUCAAGUACGAAGCGGCCUUGUAUCGGCGAAAGUUUUACCGCCACAUCUCGGAAGGCGGCUGGCCGUUUAGCACGAGUGCACACGGUUGGCCUAUUUCGGAUUGCACAGGGGAGGGACUAAAAGGAGUUUUGUGUAUGCUCAAAGCAAAGUCUGUCAGGGAAGGGUUGGAGGAUGGCAGUCUUCGCGAGAUCAGUGAAGUUCGAUUACAAAAAGCAGCCAACAUACUUUUGUCGUAUCAAAAUGAAGAUGGAGGCUUUCCUACCUACGAAAACAACCGUGGCUUUGGGUUUUACGAAAGCCUGAAUCCUAGCGAAGUUUUUGGCGACAUUAUGAUCGACUACUCCUAUGUCGAGUGUAGUAUGGCAAGCUUGACAGCUUUGGCCGAUUUUCACGAAGAUUAUCCGGAUCAUCGUACUGAAGAGAUUGUGCAUGCUAUUGAAAAAGGCCGUGAUUUCCUGAAGGAUUUGCAACGUGAGGACGGUUCGUGGUAUGGCUCCUGGGCUUGUUGUUUCUGCUACGGAAGUUGGUUUGGUAUUGAAGGUCUUGUUAAGUGUGGUGAGCCUGUGUCUUCCGAGUUUAUUGCUAAGGCUUGCAAAUUCCUCUUGCAGCAUCAACGUUCCAACGGAGGUUGGGGUGAAGACUUCACAUCUUGCUAUGACAAAGAGUACGCCGCUAAUGGAAUGGAAGCUUACGGAGACGAUGGGAGUGGGGUCGUAAACACAUCGUGGGCUUUGAUGGCAUUGUCUACAGCGAAAUGCAACGAUAUUGAAGCCAUCAAGCGAGGUGUCCAGUAUUUAAUGAAGCGGCAGUUACCGUGCGGAGACUGGCCCCAGGAAGGAGUCGCCGGUGUUUUCAACCGUGCGUGUGGAAUAACAUACACGGCAUACCGAAAUAUAUUUCCAAUUUGGGCACUCGGACGAUGCCGC